AUGGGCUGCAUGGGCUGCGUCCGCCACAAGACUCGCCCCGACGGCUCUCUCGAGCGCUACAAGGCCCGUUGGGUGGUGCCCAGCUUUCGCCAGCAUGCCGGCGUGGACUUCACCGACACCUUCGCCCCGGUUGUCAAACCGGGCAUGAUUCGCGCUGUCCUCCAGCUUGCUGUUUCUCGCGCUUGGCCAGUUCACCAGCUCGAUGUGUCUAAUGCUUUUUUGCAUGGCCAUCUCGACGAGCAGGUGUUUUGUCAGCAACCUACUGGUGUCGUCGACACCGACUAUCCGGACCAUGUGUGCUUGCUCUCCCAUUCUCUCUACGGGUUGAAGCAGGCGCCUCAGGCCUGGUACCAGCGGAUUGCAGCCUUCCUUCAGCAGCAGGGGUUCCGGUCCACACGGUCCGAUGCCUCCUUGUUUGUUUGUCACCAGGGUCCCGCCACCAUGUACCUCCUCCUUUAUGUCAAUGACAUCAUCUUGACUGCCUCCUCGCCAGCGCUCCUUCAGCAGAUCACAGCUCGCCUCGGCACUGAGUUCGCCCUCAAGGAUUUGGGGGCUCUCCACUACUUCCUCGGCAUCGAGGUUGUGCGCCGGGCUACUGGCUUCUUCUUGCAUCAGCAGAAGUACGCCUACGAGCUUCUGGAGCGAGAGGGCAUGCUUAACUGCAAGCCUGCUCCUACGCAUGUCGACACGAAGGCUAAGGUGUCCGCCAUCGAGGGAUCUCCGGCGUUCGACGCUCCCUUCUACCGCUCCAUCGUCAGUGCGCUUCAGUACCUCACACUGACACGUCCGGACAUUCAGUACGCUGUCCAGCAGGUGUGCCUUCAUAUGCAUGCUCCUCGUGAUACUUAUUGGGCUCUGGUGAAACGUAUCCCUCGGUACAUACGUGGCACCACAGCUAUGGGUCUCACCCUGACGGCAUCACCUGACACCAGCCUUGUCGCCUACUCCGACGCCGACUGGGCUAGGUGUCCCGAAACUCGACGCUCCACUUCUGGCUACUGCGUCUACCUCGGGCCCUCUCUGAUUUCGUGGUCGUCUAAACGACAACCCACGGUCUCACGAUCGAGUGCCGAGGCCGAGUACAGGGCCGUGGGCAACGCCGUUGCGAAGUGCUCUUGGCUACGACAGCUACUUCAGGAGUUGCUAUGCGAGGUUACUAAGGCGGCGCUUGUUUACUGCGACAACGUCUCCUCGGUGUAUCUCGCCGCCAACCCUGUCCAUCACCGACGGACGAAGCAUAUUGAGCUCGACAUUCACUUCGUUAGGGAGCACGUCGCACUUGGUCGUGUUUGA